AUGACAGCUUCAAACUUGCAAUCUGAACCAUGCAGUGCAAUUUAUCCCUACGUUCUUCUCUCCACAUACCGUCUUCUCGUAUGCCAGGUUUGUGCGUUCGCCUCUGUAGCCGAUGAGGUUGCUACGCAUUUGAGAACACGACAUCGCGAUAUACAGUCAGAGCGUCGACAGGAGCUGGUAGAGAAGAUAAAACAGAUCCCGAAUAUUCUCCACAGUCGGGACGACCUACGUCACUAUUUACAGUACCCAACGGAUACAAUUCAGCCCAUCCCGUAUCUUGCGCCGCCAAAACCAGACGGUUUGAAAUGUCGUGCUUGCGGCCAUAUUGUCCGUCGCGUCCAAAAGAUACAAAAACAUUGCACUGAAAAGCAUCAAUGGAUAAACCCACGAGGCAGGGGAAGACCAGCACCGAAUUGCCCCGUAUCCGCUUACGAGCUACCAUGGGAGGAACAUGUCGCAUGUCAACGAUUCUUUCCUUCUCGUGAAGGUAGCAAAUGGUUCCAGGUCAACAUGCGGAUAAAGGAACAGGCGAACAGACCAGGAGCAAAACCUAGUGCCAAGAAACCACAAGGAACGCUCCAGGCCCUAACAUCUGAGGCAUCUAUCCAUCUACAACAAGUCAUAGAGCGGGACACUCAAUAUCGGGAAGCCUUAAGUCAGCCACGAGCAACCGUUAAUGACGCAGGCACCAAUACAUUCCCUGCUACAAGCUUGUGGCUAGACAGGACACAAUGGCCGUCGAUCUAUCGAGGUUCCCGUCGAGAUGUUCUACGAGCGUUAACCAGAUUACCUAACCGUCACUCUCUUGACAACGACUAUAUUGUGGGACAGGACACCUUGGACGGUGCGCAGGACCUUAUAAGUCCACGAAAGGAUGAACAGAAGGUUUCAUUCAUUAUGAAAGCACUUGACUCUGUGAUAAACCGUUGUGAGGAUACGGUUCGCGCUACUAGUCACAAUCUUCUCUGCUGGCUGCUUAGCUCAAGACUCCAGAGCCGUCGGGAGUUUGGUUUCAAGCUUGUUGCAGAGAGGAGUAGCGAGAUUAGAUACCGAAGGACUCAGAAGCAAUUCUUGGCUUUUGUCCUGCGAAUCUACCGAAUGCCGGAUGACUCUCGUCGAGAAAUGGUCAACGUGAAGAUGAAGCCUGAGAUUAUUACCCAGUUAGAUCGCAUUUGGGAGCAUAGCAUUUGGAACUACUUUGACCUGGCGAAGGGGACUUGGCCAGUCGUGGAGAGGCAGGGAAGUCCCCUGGCAGGAACAUGUUCUAGUCUCAUAGGCGGCCAAUUCAUCAGUGGUCUCUCGUCAUGCUCCAGUCGGAGUCAUCAUCUAGCUCAGAGAGCAAUUCAAGAUAUCGCGCUCAAAGCCCCAGUCCUGGCUGCGAAUCGAGUUCCCGAAAACGACAGCGACACAGUCGACAAGCCAGUACCCCAAAUCGGCAUCAGAUACGCAGCCAGUUGUCUGUUCUUGGAGUGGGGAGAACGACAGGAGUACGUGCUAGUGGACGGAAGACGCAACCGAGUAUUCGGAGACGAAGAAGUCAAUGGAGCUACGAAACAGCGACGAAGAGAUUCUUCCUUCAAUCACGAUGCGGAAGACGGUACCGAGGACGGUGAGACAGAUGACGAGAACGUUGAGGCUUGGGAGCUUGAUGAUGACGAAGAUGACGAGGAUGGCGAGAGCGAUUAUGACGAUUCUGGACAUUACAACGGCUUUGAUGAGUCUAUCGGUAUCCCACAACGGCCAGACGCUGGGCAAUUCGAGUGCUUUAAUCAAGUCCGAGCCAAGUAUAUGGUUCUGGGUUCACAAUACCCGUUGGCAGAGCUGAUAAGCCUUCGAGAUUUCGGACGCAACAUUGCACGAACUGAACCACCAUCUAUGCUUUUCCACUGGAGCAACGAUAGUGAGACGGUAUCUCAUGCCACUUUUCAAAUAACAAUGAAUAACUUCCGCAAGCUUGCGGACCAUUUUAUUACACAGGCAGAAGCGCUGUGCGAUCAAUUGAUGUUUGGUGUACAUCCACACGUCGACUUGUCAAAGAUCAAAGACGAUAUCUCUAGUUCAGAAAGUGGUUACAGCUUUAUCAGCUGCCCUGGAAUCGGUCUUGAGUCAGCAUACCUGGAGCUAUUAGUCAGUGCCUAUACUGCAGGCAAAAACGGACUAGCUAAAGACGGAGUUUGGAAGUGGCAUGCUGUAACAGCGUACUUAACACAAGUCAGGAAGAUGGAGGAGCAGCUUGCUGGUGGUCUUUAUACUGCAUGUGGCCAGACACCCCGAGUCAGGGAACUCUUCAGCCUCGAGUACGAGAAUGGCCUGAAUACAACUUGUGGGGUACAUGUUUGGGGUGGCUAUAUGGCAUACAUCAUCUGCCAUCAUAAAGCAAAGCGACUGACGAACCGCGAAUUCUAUGUGGUGCGAUUCCUUCCGGUCAGACUGGGUCACGUUCUGUUCAAGUACCUUGUCUAUAUUCGACGAGUUGCUGAUCUACUACGCCGCGAGCAGCUCGGUGCCGAUAAGAGAGGCAUGACGACUGCAGUGAUGGUGCUGAUACCAACGCCAUAUUCGCUUGGCAGAGUGGGCAUCGGCCACUCCAGCGUGGGAUCACAUAUGGACUAG